GUGCAGGAGCCAUUAGAGUAAGAAAAAAUAUACUUGUCUCACUUUAACUUGUUGCACCAGUUCUGCAGUUAGCUAAAAAGAAAGACCAAAAAUUCAACAAGCUCUAACCUUGUUAAACAUGAUGAUAUCGAUGUGGUUCAAAAAGUAUUUUAAAGCUUUAAAUCUUUAGUUUUGUCACUAUUAUUAUCGUCUUGACGUUAUUUUAGCAAAAUAUAUCGAAUUAAACGGAAAGUGCAUAUAUGUAAUUUAUCUCAGUUUCUACAUUUAUCUAUUUAUACUAAUUUAAACUAGAAUCUGUAUAAACUAUUAUUUUAUACUUCUGUUGUGUGACCGGACGAGAGGUCGCGUAAACUGGUUCUUGUAUAAAAACGAAAUUAACAAACAUUUGUUUGGAAAAUAUAUAAUACUACUACAAACAUUAAAUAUAAUUCCAUUCAUAGUUUCUGUUGUAAUUUUAACUGCAACAUAUUAAAACACACACAUGCAAUGUCAGGAACAUGUUUAAUAUUCACUGGGCACAGAUCAGCAUAUAAAUGUAUUCAACAAUAUUGCGUGUCAUAUUUUUAUAAAAAUGUAAUUAAAUCCACAAAUGUACAUAGUGCAAUGCAAUAUUGUAUUUCUAUGAAAGAAGAUAAUGUGCAUUUAACCAAGCAAAGUACCACUAGCCUAACCAAUGAUAUGUACAAUAAGGAACAAAUUAAAAAAGUUACAUCCAAUAAAUUUAGGAAGAAUGUCCUAACAUAUAAAAAAUUGGAACGGAUAUACCAACAGCCAAAGAAUUCUUUGCUAGAAAUUUACAGGAUAGUAUGCCAAGAACUAAAUGAUCAAACGCUUUUAACUUCGAGCUGUAAUGCAGACCCUAAAUCACAACUAUGGAAAUUUACUUAUAAUAUCAAGUGGCCAGAAAAUAUGUCUUUCAACGGAGUCAGUAAGAGAAAGACAGUAGCUAGUAAUAUCGCAGCUCUGAAAUGUUUAGAGUGGUUAGAAACAAAUCACAAGUUAAUGAACGGCAAACCGAUUCUGUAUACUAAGAAACAAAUACAGAAUAUGCAAUUGAAGACUCACGAAUUAAGCAUUGCUCCUGAAAUUUUGGACAACAUGGAAAGCUUAAUCAAGACUUACAAAAUGAAAAUAGAUAUCCCAAGACUGGACAAUUCUACUACUACUUAUUCAUGCAAUUGGAGCGCAACCAUGUCUGACUAUGAUGCUUUCGGACCUCUUGACUCAAAUAUAAAAACAAACUAUAAACAUCGUAAUAUGACAUUGCAAUCUAGAUUGAUAGAGAAACAUACACGACAUACUGAUCUACCGAUUUUCCAGUUUAGGGAUAAGAUUCUUUCUAUGUUAGCCGAAAAUAAAAUUUUAUUGAUAGAAGGGGAUACAGGAUGCGGCAAAAGUACCCAAGUUCCUCAGUUUAUACUGGAUAGUUACGCACGUAGUGGAAACGCCGUCAAGUGUAAUAUCUUAGUGUCACAACCGCGUAAGAUUUCGGCAAUCUCUCUGGCGGAUCGUGUUGCGAACGAAAGAUCAGAGAUCUUGGGCGAUGUCGUUGGUUAUCAAGUGAGACUAGAGAAUGUGACGCCGCAGGAAUCCGGCAGAAUAGUCUACUGCAGCACGGGUAUACUGCUGAGAAAGUUACAGUGCUCUCCUAGUUUAGUAGGAUGCUCGCACGUGAUCCUGGACGAGGCGCAUGAACGCUCUAUCGAUACCGACAUACUGAUGAUCUUGCUGAAAAGAGCGCUCAAUCUGAAUCCUGAAUUGAAGCUUCUGAUCAUGUCGGCGACUAUAAAGGCGCAUUUGUUUCAAAAGUACUUCAAUUGCGCCACUAUCAAGGUGCCUGGUAGAGUAUAUCCUGUAGAAGUGAAUUUUAUGGAGGAUAUUAAGAACCUGCCGAAUUUUAACAAAUAUAGACCAUAUGCGUAUCAGUUUCGCCCUGAAGCACCUAUAUUGAACGAUUUACCAGUCUUGACCGACUUCAUAAAUAUAGUGCAGAUUAUAAAGUGGAUUUCCGCGAAUAAACCGUACGGCGCUAUCCUGUGCUUCUUGCCAGGAUGGUCUGAAAUUAUGCAAGUUCAGAAGAUGUUCGAGGAUGAGCCGCUUAGUACACAAAAGCAAUUGAUCCUGACAAUUCACUCCAGGCAGACGCAUGACGCACAGCGCAGAAUUUUUCAGGAAGUGCCUAAGGACACGCGCAAGAUUAUUCUGGCUACGAAUAUCGCCGAGACUGGCAUUACCAUACCCGACGUGUGUUACGUUGUGGAUUCCGCUAUACGCAGAGUAGUAAAAUGGAACGAUGCAAAAGAUAUGUUGUGUUUGCACAACGAUUGGAUCACUAAGGCGAACAUUCAGCAGAGAAAAGGAAGAGCUGGCCGAAUGAAACCAGGCGAGAGUUAUCAUUUAAUUAAAAGAACAGAAUAUGACAACUUAGAGGAGUACCCGACUGCGCAGAUAUUGUCUAGUUCAUUGGAGAAGACAAUUCUCGAGUGUAAAUCGUAUACAGACGAAAAUAUGAAGAUCUUUUUCAGUAACUUAAUUGAACCGCCUGCUCCGAAUAAAAUACAGAAAGGAGUGGAGUAUCUGAUAAACAAUGGAAUUCUAGACAAAGAUGAGAAUCUCACAGCUUUGGGUAAACGGAUGACAGUAUUUACAACGCAUCCUAGGUUCAGCAAAGCAUUGGUAUAUUCCGCUAUUUUCAAAUGCGUACAUCCCGUUGUAACCAUAGCGAACGUCUUUUCCGGCGAAGAAAGUGGCUUCUCCGAAGAACUAGUCGAGAAAACUAAAAAUAGAAAGAAUAAAAUGAUAUAUCAUCCAUCAAGCGAUCACCUCGCGAUAUCGCGGAUUUUUAAAGCGUGGAGCACGUAUUCUAUUAAAAGACAUCGUUUAGCAGUUAAAUUUUGCCGAAAGAUGCAUCUCCGGCAAAACAAAAUGAAAUUAUUGUCUAUGACACGAGAUCUAUUUCUUCGACAGAUGGUCUUAUGUCGCCUAUUGAACAAUACGCAUAUGUAUAACGAUUUUGAUAAUGCGGCAAAUAAGUUUGAAGAUAAGGACGAGUUAGUUAAAGCUAUAAUAUACGCUGCUACACAGCAGUUGAUCGAACAUAAGAAUGUAGGAUUAAAGAAAGGAAUAUUAAGGACGGGCAUAAACGAGCUGCGAGUAGGCAAAAUUAAAGCCCUCAUUUCGGGAGACAGUGUCAAUUAUAAGCGCAAGAUUUGGCCAAGUUCAUAUUUGACGUAUUUCCGCAGUGAGCACGAUGACAUGUGUAAACGCAUGAUUAUUCGGGAAACUAGUAUGAUAUCGCCUUUAACGAUAUUACUCUUUAAUCAACAAGAAAUUCAAUGUUAUGAGCGAGAUGAUAAGAUAGAAUUAAAAAUUAAUGUUAACAAAGAUGAUACUUUAAACUUCUCUUGCGACAAAAGAACCGCUGACGUACUCUUAAAAUUUAGAAACAUUAUGUGGUCUGUAGUGCAAUAUUCAUUGGAGAAGGAGGAGAUGGAGUUCCAUAAUUAUGGAGUAAAAUUAAUGUCAGAAUACAAAGAUCAAUUGCUCGAAACUCUUGUGAAAGCUUUGGACAAUGCAUCCGAAUGCAUACAAGACACCAAUGAUGAUAAUGAUAAUAAUGAUGAUGAUGAUAAUGAUGAUGAUGAUAAUGAUGAUAAGGAGAAUAGUUUGUAGUGAACGUUAAUGUCUAAUAAUAAUUCUUUUAUUUUACACAAUGCUA